GUUUGGGCCCGCAGUUUGGCCUCGGGCGAAGAAAAAAGAUUUGUUUUGAAAGGUGGUGUCGCGCAGGAAAAGCAAAAACAACAAAAAAUAUUAACAAUCUCCAACACCAAAGCCAGGAAAAAAGAAAGAGAAAAACAAUUGCUCUUCACCGUUUCGGUGGUGGAAAAUCGAUAAGCUGCGAUUUGCACGGCGUGAAUCGCGUUGUGUUACCAUUUUGCACGCUGGAGCGAUCGGUGGUGGAGGUGGUACUCGAUUACAUGACUCAGUGCUUCGGAUAAAGGGGCCAACCAGCCAGCCAAGUCAGUACAGUGACACCGAUAGUUGAAUUGCCGUAUUGGAAUGUGAGCAACGAAACCAUGGAACGGGUGGAACAGCUUAAUGGUCCAAUGGAAAAGCGCACUUUGCCCUACCGUGAAGCGGAAGAUAGCGAUGAGCAGCACAGUGAAUCUCUAGCGACGAUGCCUGCCGUGGAUGAUGCGUCAUGUAAUCCUGCACCGUCCGAGAACGGUGAUAACGUCGAAUCGGAACUGUCGCGUAUAAAUGAAGGCUGCAGUGGGGUGCAACGGUGUAGCGAGGAAAACGAUGAAAUAAAUGAAUCAACGCGUCUGAUUGAGGCGAACGAUGAGGAUGGGGACGGUUCCUCCUCCAACGGCGGCACAACAUCACCCGGACUGGCCGGGAAAAACGUUGCACUCGUACAGCCAAACAAUCAUCGACGGUCCGACGAACCAACUGAGCUAAGCUUCGAAAAAUUUCCGGAAAAUCAUGAGGAAAAACUGAAACGCAUAAAAAUCGAAAACGCACUGGACGAUCCGAAGACGUCGCUCGAGACCUGGAAGCAGUUUGCCAAAUCGGAGUACGGUCUUAUAAAUGAUGACUUGCGAAGAAAGAUCUGGCCACUGCUGGUCGGUGUUGAUCCACAACAGGUCGAUCCAGCACCCUCGCUGGAGCAACUGAACAACCACCCGGAGUACAAUCAGGUGGUGCUGGACGUGAAUCGCUCGCUGAAGCGCUUUCCACCGGGCAUUCCGUACGAGCAGCGUGUGGCACUGCAGGAUCAGCUAACCGUGCUGAUUCUCCGCGUCAUUAUCAAGUACCCACAUUUGAAGUAUUACCAAGGAUACCACGAUGUAGCUAUCACGUUUCUACUGGUCGUGGGUGAAGAGGUUGCAUUUCACGUGAUGGAAAUACUGUCCACGAACCAUCUGGUCGAAUGUAUGCAGGAAACGAUGGAACCCACGCAGCGACGGUUGAUGUUUAUCUAUCCGCUUGUACGCCGGGAAAAUGCGGCCCUGUGCAGCUACCUGGAAAGAUCGACGGUUGGAACACUGUUUGCCCUACCAUGGUACCUGACCUGGUUCGGGCACAGUCUCAACUCGUACCGGUCGGUGGUACGGUUGUACGACUACUUUCUGGCGUCCGAUUUCCUGCUACCGAUCUACGUUACCUCCGCGAUCGUGAUCUAUCGCCAGAACGAGAUAUUUCAGGAGGACUGUGAUAUGGCAUCAUUACAUUGUUUACUCUCGCAGCUACCUGAAGAUCUCCCAUUUGAAUACCUGCUAAAGAGUGCCGAAAAUUUGUACCGAAAGUACCCGCCGCGGGUAAUCGAAAAGGAUGUCGAAACCAUGAUCGCCAAAGAAAAACAGCAACGACUUAACGAGGAACGCGAACGCGAGUAUCGUAAACUGUACGGCAAAAAACCACCCCCCGUCUCGAACUCCAUCAUCAGCCGGUUUCUGCCCCAUCUGCAACUGUCCCGCCGGUCCGUGUUCGUUACGACCGCGUUCUCCAUACUGGUCGGGUUCUGUGCGUACUACUACCGGGCGCACUACAUACCGCUGGCGGCGGUCAGAUGAGUGGAGCUGUUCCGAACGCGACUCUUCCCGUCGUCGUUCGUCGUGUGUGCCUCGUUCAAUCCACUGGCCGUUAUCGGGCGUUCGUGGCAGAAUACUACUACUAGUACGGGUGGCAGCAGCGCACAGGUGGAGUAAAACUGGACACUGGAUUGGAUCGUUUUCCGCUUUCAAUCGGCAUAAUUGUGAUGUAUUAUUUUUCUUCUUCGUACCAUUGCGAUUCUCUCAUGCGUGCUUCAUCUUUUUUUCCUUCAAACGUGUGUAUGCCUCCGUACGUUCCAAUCCUCAUCCUCAGCUCGCGUUGUAUCGUUUUAUUUUGUUCAUUCGUUUUUUGUAAAUAAUGUGGAAAAUUGUUAGCAUUAGGAAGACCGUGAUUUUCGUGAGGAUCGUUGUAUUGGGAUAGUUUGGCGAGGCGGGGAGGAGAAUAUG